AAAGUUUUUAGCACAUUCAACACAAAAGUCAAUUUCCCGUGAACAUGUAAACAAGAGAAAACCACAUUGGUUACGAUACCUUGGUCAGCUUGCCCUAAUGGUAAUUAAAUCAAUGAUACCAAAAUCAACAUGACUGCUGUAACCACACAGCCAGGCGAUGAAAAACAACUUCCUCCCAUAACAGAACUUCCCCCUGGACUGAAGGAACUACAGAAUAUUACUGAGAUCAAAAUACAUCAACAUCUUGAUUCAACAGAAGUAUUCUGUUGUUGGCAGAGACCAGCCAGAUACAGUCUUUAUGAUGGGACCAAGGAAGAAGAACAUUUUUUAUAUGCACAAGAAGUUUCAGAAUGCUAUGCAAGACAGUGUCUUGGUGCAAACAGAGGCUUUGUAAUGAAACUAAGUAAUGCAGAUCAACAGGAAGUACUUCGACUACAGCGCCCUCUACGUUGUCCAUGUGGUGUAUGUUGGUGGUGGUGUUGUUGUAUACAGGAAUUAAAUAUAGAAAGUCCUCCAGGGACACAUAUAGCUACAAUAAGUGAAGAUCGAAGUUUUUGUUGCUGUCCAGGUUAUUAUAUAACUAGUGAGGAUGACAGAAUAUUAUUCAGAAUUAGUUUCAGUUGUUUUCUAUGCAAACUAUGUGCCAGUGUAUCCAUACAGAUAACAGAGAGAGGGGAACCAGUGGCAGAAAUAACAAAGAACUGUUCUGGAAACUGUAAGGAUUUCUGUGGGACGGAAAAUGAAUACACAAUAAAAUUUCUGAAAGAUCUGCAUGUCCAGGAUAAGAUUAUAAUUUUAGGCAGUAGUUUCCUGAUAGACUAUAAUUACUUUGAGAGACAACAAAGAACUUGUUGCUGAUAAUUAAAUGUUACUCAUCAUUUAUAUUGAAAAUAGCUAAUAUCUGAUAUAUAGGUUGUACUAGCACAAAUGUAGCAGCUUGUUCAUUAUAUGCAAUAAUUUAUUUAUAAAAUUUAAAAUAUUUUGUAAAAAAAAUUUUAUGCAUGUAAAAUUAUUUGAAUAUACGAUGUUGUCACUGUGACCUUACCAGGAUUCAAUGCGAUGACCUUUCCAUAUAUAGAGACUGGUCACUGAAAUUUUUUAAACAGUCACUCCUGAAAAGUUGGACUGGUAGGUUGUGAUUAUCUGCAUCUAAAGAGGUAGAUUUGCACUUGUGAUGUAGACAAAUCUAGCCGACACUUUUUCUUGGCACAUUGUUUCUUUUAAGAAUAAGUAAAAAUAGCCUACAUAUUAUUCUCAUUACUCAAAACUUAGAAAACAGUAUAAAUUUUGUUUUAAAUAGAAAUUCAUAGAAUUAUCUAAAAAUACUGAUACAUAAGAAAUGAGUCUCCUUUCAUUUUGAAUUAAUCCAGAGAAGCUUUAAGCAGGUCUUGGGAAAAUAAAAACACCUUCACUCAUCUCAUUUUCAUGUUAACAGGUGAAAGCAGCAUUAUGUGGCUAAAGUUGAAUAAGAUUGUUUCUAAAAAUAACUAUCUAGAUAAUAAUUGACUGGUUUCAAGGGUAAAAUGCAUUUACAUGUACCUGAGCCUGAGGUGAAGACUCCCAAGUCAGAACAAAAUAACUAUUGGUUUAGAACAGCAAUUCCAAUUAUAGAAUUUGGUGUUUAUGAUAGAUCUAAAAUUUGAUACCUGUUAAUUUAUUUCAAAACUUUUUUUAAUUUUGAACAUUACAUGCAUUUAGGUGGUACCUAACACUUUAACUCAAAUUAAUUUGGCUCGUUUAAUUUUCUUAAAAUUUUGAUAAAGUAUUUACUUUGACCCUUUGACAAAAACAUAAGAAUUUCAAAAAAUUUGAACCAACCGAUUAAUCAGAAAAAUUACACUGGUUAUAUAGCAGUUUGACAAACACUAAUUUUGAUCAUUGUGAAGCUUCAUAUUGCCUUCACAAGGCAACGUUAUUAAAACAUUUAGCUGAUAUUGCAGAGUUAUCUCCCUGUAGUGUUAGGUAACACCUUAAGUGUUGAGAGACUAUCCUUUAGUUUUUUUUUUGAUUUUUUUUGAUUGCUCUGUUGGUGCCUCAUUGACUAUAUCUCACAUCUGUUAUUCAUAUAUAAAGCAUUUUUUUUUAAUUUAGUAAAUGGUAUGUUAUAGUUAUUUGAAGUAUUGUAUAAUAUGGCUCAGCUGGUAUACUUAUUACAAUAAUGCUACUUUCUGAAAACAUGAGGGUUAUAUAAUUUACCUUAAUGCACUAUGUAGUUUGUAUUCAAGAGGUAGGUGUAAUAAUUAACUUUUUGCUAUACAUGUGUUUUUAGCUCACCUGGCCCGAAGGGCCAUGUGAGCUUUUCUCAUCACUUGGCGUCCGGCGUCCUCGUCGUUAACUUUUACAAAAAUCUUCUCCUCCAAAACUACUGGGCCAAAUUUAAUCAAACUUGGACACAAUCAUCAUUGGGGUAUCUAGUUUCAAAAAUGUGUGGCGUGACCCGUCAAACCAACCAAGAUGGCCGCUUUGGCUAAAAAUAGAACACAGGGGUAAAAUGCAGUUUUUGGCUUAUAACUCAAAAACCAAAGCAUUUAGAGCAAAUCUGACAUGGGGUAAAAUUGUUAAUCAGGUCAACAUCUAUCUGCCCUGAAAUUUUCAGAUGAAUCGGACAACCCGUUGUUGGGUUGCUGCCCCUGAAUUGGUAAUUUUAGGGAAAUUUUGUCCAUUUUAACUUAUGAUCUUGAAUAUUAUUAUAGAUAGAGAUAAACUGUAAACAGCAAUAAUGUUCAGCAAAGUAAGAUCUACAAAUAAGUCAACAUAACCAAAAUGGUCAGUUGACCCCUUUAGGAGUUAUUGCCCUUUAUAGUCAAUUUUUAAUCAUUUUUCGUUAAUCUUAGUAAUCUUUUAAAAAAAUCUUCUCCUCUGAAACUGCGGGGCCAAAUAAAACCAAACUUUGCCACAAUCAUCAUUGGGGUACUAAGUUUAAAAAAUUGUGUGGCGUGACCCAGCCAACCAACCAAGAUGGCUGCCAUGGCUAAAAAUAGAACAUAGGGGUAAAAUGCAGUUUUUUGCUUAUAACUCAAAAACCAAACCUUUUAGAGCAAAUCUGACAAGUGGUAAAAUUGUUU